AUGUCUUCCGUUUAUUUCCCACCUAGUGCUUCCGCAUUGCACCAAAAACGACGCAAAGCCAAGAAGCACGCAUUACACGUACCGAGACCCAAGAACUGUUUCAUGCUCUACCGAUCCAAGGUUCUUCCCAUGAUCAUGGUUGAGCUCGGUAUGAUAAACAAUAGAAUCAUCUCCAAAAUUGCAGCUGAACGCUGGAGUGCAGAGGCGGAGUCUGUCAAGACCUGGUACCGGCAGAUGGCCAAGAAAGGCAAAGAAGAACACUUGAGAAACAAUCCUGGUUACAAGUAUGCACCGCAUAAG